UCCAGGGUGCGUAAUUUAGCAUAUACUAAUGUGCGCCAUUUCGCCUUUUUCUUUUUCGUUCCUUUUUUUCCCUCCUUUCAUUUGCUUUUGUCUCCAAUUCAACCGCUCAUUUGCUUCUGUGAUUCUCUUCCGCCGCGCUUUUCCCUGACCCGGCAGGAAAGUUUGGGCUCGAGUUGAUUGUCUCGUGAGACUGAAAUCUAUCUUCACUUUGAUGCGUUUGUUAGAUUGAUUGGAUUUGGCAACGAACAACAAUUCGUCUUUGUUUGUGCACGGAUGUGCUCCACCGGCGUUCCAUGGCGUCUACGGCGGCUAUUCAUCUCCACAUCUCUGCCUCUUGCUCUCUCUGCCAUUCCAAGAGGUCAUCUCUGAGGCUCAGUAGGAAUCAGACAAAACUUGCAUCUAUCACAACCCGGGGAAGAAGAUGUCAGUCACUGAAGGUUUUCCAGUCAGUGCUGAAUACCUGCAAGUCAAACGACAGCGGGGCAAGUGAAGAAGCAAAAGUGCUUCUGGAGAGAUUGUUUGCCCAGACACAGAGAUUGGAAGAACAUGUAAGCAAAGAUCCUCACUUUCCACAAGAUGCUUGGUUAGGACUCAGUCUUGAAAAUCUCGAGUCGGAUCUUCAGGCUGCAUUGGCAGUGUUGAAAAAGAAGGAAGAAGAUCUACAAGAUGCAGAAAGAACAGUUCUAUUAGAACGAAGCCAAUUAAACAAUGCGAGGGAGAAGUUGAAGAAGCAGGAGGAAGAAAUUACUGCUGCUUAUCAUAAACAGCAAGAAUUAGAAGAUGAGCUUAAGCAGGCAAAUUUAAACCUAGCUUCUCAAGCUAGACAGAUAGAUGAAUUGAAACUUCAAAUUAGAGAGAAAGACGAGGGGAUUGCUGCAGCUGAAUCUGCCCUUGCUCUGAAACAAGAUGAGUUGAAUAAAAUGAGAGCUGAUUUGGUUAAGAAGAGUAAGGAAGCUGUUAAGACAGAUUCUGAACUUAAAUCCAAGUCCCAGCUUCUGAAUGAUGCUAACGAUGUAGUGAAAAGACAAGAAGUUGAGCUGCAAAUGCUUAAAAAGGCUGUUCUAGAGAAAGAAAAAGAGCUGGAAAUUUCCAUAAAGCUUCAUAAACUUGAAGAAGAGAAACUGGAAGUUGCAGAGAAAAAUUUGGAGAAGAGAACCAUGGAAUGGUUGUUAGAACGUGAAGAACUGAAAAAACUGAGAAACGAAGCGUCUGCAAAAGCAAUAGAGAGGAAUGAAACUAUGAAUGACUUCAACCGAACGAAGAAGCUUCUUACCGAUGUAAAACGUGAGUUGGUUUCCUCUCAGAAGUCUCUUGUGUCAUCCAGAAAGAAAACAGAAGAACAAGAAGGUCUUCUUGAGAAGAAAAUGGCAGAACUUGAAGAACAGAAGAAGAUUAUCAAUGCAUAUAUGUCAAGUUUAAAAGAUGCUCAAAUAGAAGUAGAGAGUGAGAGAGUGAAGCAUAGGGUCGCUGAGGCUAAGAACAAGGAGCUUGGACGUGACUUGUUUAGGGAAAAGAAGCUUACUGAUGAGUUGCAACAGCAGCUGAAGAGAGAGAGAUCCUCUCUCCAGCAAGCAACUGAGGAGAAAUCACGUCUACAGAAGGAGCUGGAGCAUAAAAAUACUGAGUUUGAGAAAACCCACAAUCUCCUUCAAAAGAAAGCAUCGGAGUUGGUCGAGGCCAAGUUAGAAAUCCAGCAUUUGAAAUCCGAACAGGUUUCACUUCAACUUCUAUUGGAGGAGAAAGACAUGGAAAUACUUGAUGCACAAAAGAAAAUUGAGCAAUUAAACCAGGAAAUUGCUGAGCUACAAUCGCUUAUGAGUAGUAAAGAGGCUCAGCUCAGUCAGACAACUGCUAUGCUGAAAGAGAAAGAUGAAUGUGUUCAGAUAAUGCAAAACGAAUUAAACGACACAAAGCUGAAAGUUUCUGAAGCAGAAGCCAUGGUAGAACAGAUUGUGGAUCUCACAAAUAAGCUAGUGAUCUCAAUCAAAGAUAAGGACGAUGAUGUUUUGCAAUUAAAUGAUGAUCUGAGCAACAACCUACAGCAGCAGUUAUUCAAGAAACCUAAAGAUAACAUGAGAUUGCAGAAGAAACAGCUCGAAACCGAGCUAGAGCUCACCAAGGAAAGCUUGAGACAGAAAGAAAUGGAAAUUCUAGCUGCAGAAAGGGCCCUGACUGUUAAAGAUGAGGAACUAAAAAUGGUUCUCAAAAGAUUAGAUACAAAGGAGAAAGAAUUUGAGAAGAUUAAGGAAGAAAUGGAUGGAGAAGCUAAGGAUCUGAAAAAUCUCUACGCUUUGGCACAAGACGGCGUUGGAGAGGAGGGCAACAACAUUGGGGACUUGGCAAUUGAAAGGCUUCAAGUUGAAGCUGCUCAACUAGAGGUUGAAGCAGCAACCAAUGCUCUUCAGAAACUUACGGACUUGAGUCGAGAGCUUCUGAAUAAAGCUAGCCAAAGCCUCGAGGCUGAUACUGAUUCAAGUAGCAUUAAACACAACGAUGACGCCGUCAUCGAUAUCGAUACCCGAACGAACAUGCUUGAUUAUAACCAAAGAUUGAAUGAAGUGAAGCUGGAAGUUACCCAUCUUUCAUCUCUAACUGAACAGCUCUUGAAGGAGGCUGGUAUAUUUGGUAAUGCGGAUUAAUGGAGAUUAUCGACAUGAAUAAAGGGAGUUUUUUUUUUCUUUCUUUUUUUGUAAAUAUUGCUUAGAUUUGGUAUAAUUUUUCCAUCUCAAGCUAAUUCAGUUGAUGAUUUUACCUUGUAGAAGCAAUUCUGCUGCCGUUCAAAAGGUCUUCUAAAAUUGUAGUACAAGAAAUUUGAUUUGGUUU